ACGUAAUUAUUCCAUAGAACAUCCAAAAAUUAUAAUCUGGAGUUUAAAUGGAUUAUCGAAUCGAAUCGAAUCGAAUCGAAUCGAAUCUGUGAAGUUGAAUCCACAGUUUAUCCAUCACAAAAGUAGUCGAAUUAUAGAUAAGGAGUUGAAAAAGAAGAGCAUAUAGAUUGAGUGAGUGCGUUUAAUGGCAUGGAGAUGGAGAGAGCAUUUGUUCGUCCCCCACUUCUCUCUCUCCUCAGAGACACCAAAUCUGGACAAUUCUAUCCACUCUAGAGAGAUCAAAAUUGAAUCCUUUGUUAGAGAGAGAAUCGCUCGGAACCGAUGCUGUGCUGGGAAUGGGGAAGGCCGGUGAUCAGCAACUGCCAAUUGUGCAGCAGCCGCCGCAGUCGCAGCCGCCACGUGGCAGUUCUAGAACCUUCCUCUGCCAUAGAUGUGCGGCGGGAGCUUCCAGGCUCGUCAACUUCAGAUGCGCUCUAGUUUUGAUGCUCAGCCUCGCCGCUUUCCUUUUUGCUGCUUUCUGGUUUAUUCCUUCUCGAUAUAGGCAUCCUGGAUUUGAUGCGAAAGCCUCCGUCAAGCACAGUGCAACUGUUCAAUCAUAUUUCCAGCUUCAAAAGCCGAUUUCUGAACUUAUACCAUAUAUCUCAAGACUAGAAUAUGAUGUCAAUGAGGAAAUUGGUGUCCUUUCCUUGAAGGUUGCUGUUCUGUCCAUACACCAGGCAGACUUAUCUAACUCAACUGAUGUGGUGUUUGGUUUCCUUCCUGAUCCAAUUAAUACUACAACAAAUCUUGUGGCCUUGAGUGUGUUGAAAUCAUCCCUGAUUGAUCUGUUUCUUCAACAAUACAAUUUGACAUUAACCCCAACAAUUUUUGGAGAAUCUUCUUCAUUUGAGAUUCUAAAAUUUCCUGGUGGAGUUACUAUAAUUCCAGAGAAUAGUCCAUUGCUGUCUUUGCCUUUAGUCAAUUUCACUCUCAAUAGCUCAAUUUAUGAUAUUAAAGGAAAUCUUCCAGAGUUGAAAAAACAACUAAAACUGGGAUUGCACCUGUUGCCCAAUGAGAUGGUGUACAUACAAGCAACAAACGAACAUGGCUCAACAAAAGAUUCGCCAGUGAUGGUUGAAGCUUUAGUUGCAUCUGACAUUCCAAUACAGCCAGAGAGAUUAAGACAGCUAGCUCAGACAAUUACUGGGUCACCUACUAAAGAAAACCUUGGGCUUGAUCAUUCUGUUUUUGGAAGAGUUAAGGAAAUAAGCUUGUCAUCAUUUCUAAAUCAUUCCCUUUUCCCUCCAGUGCCAACACCUAAACUGACACCUACACCUUCUUCAUCUCCAUCACCAUCACCGUCACCAGAAAGCGCUUAUUAUACCAGACCAUCUAUGGUGCAAUCUUAUUCUCCUGGUAUUUCACCCGACUCACGCCAUGCUCCACCACCUUGCCCUACAUGUUAUGCCUAUGAACCUUCACCCCGUCCACAUAAUGCUCCUCAACAUUCUUUAUCUCCAAAUUCUGAUUCUCCCACACCCUUAGGCUGUCAGCAUUGUGGUUCUGAUGAUUCACCAAGUCCAUCUCCAACUUCUCGUCUUGACCAAAUUUCACCAAACUCGUCUCCUCGUGCCACCAGAAAAUCAUCUGAAGCAGUAUCAACACCCCAGACCUCACCAGCCAGUUCUCCGCUAGCUGGUAUUCCACAUGGUUAUCAAAGUCCAGACAAUAGGAGUGGAAAAGGUUUGGGAUCACCACUUCUUGUUUCGGCGACUUAUACUUAAUUCACUCUUGAGUAUCCAAUUCUUAAACCGACUGCUGAUGUUCCUGCUCCUGCUCCUGCUCCUGCUCCUGCUCGGGAUGUCCUAGAUGAUACCCAUGUAUUUAAAGACAGUUUUGAUGGUGGAAAGAGCAACAAACAAGUGAAUUGGAGUUGAUACCUAAUCUUAUAGAAUGGCCGUAUGCGACCUAACCAUAAAAGGAAAUUGGUAGGUUGCCUAGUUGCAGGUUUCCAAAAGAACAAACUGUAAAAAUGCACGUGUUCUUUCGGGGAUCUAGUUGCAGAUGCGGAAUGUAAUGGUAACGAAAAAAGAGUAGAUAUUUGUACAGUUUUAGUUAAGAAAUGAGAAUUAUUAUCACA